UUGUACCAAAGUGGUAGAGAGAAUCUAGGGAGAAGAUCUCACCAUGAAGAAGCUAAGCGCACACAAAAACAACACCACAUCCAUGCCACUGUGCCACCACAGUUUUUUCUCUCAUGCACCCACUCAUACCAAAACAAAAAAAUAAAUCAAAAAUCAAAACAAAAAGCUACCAGGGAUAAUUACAUUCCACCUCUUCUUCCCAUUCUCUCUCUCUCUCUCUCUCUCUCUCCCUGAAUUACUGAUACAUUUUAAACCAGCUAUAUAUAUUGCAAGUAAACAUAUAGAUAGUGUUCAGAAGCUUAUUCUCAACCCUGAUAUGGAGUUUGUGGAUAACAGAAAACUACAGUUACAACAACAACAACUGCAAAAACAGCCGCAACCGCAGGAGCAACAUUUUCAUGUGUUGGCAGUGGACGACAGUGUCAUAGAUAGGAAGCUUUUGGAGAGGCUCCUAAGAGGUUCUUCAUGCAAAGUCACCUGCGUGGACUCCGGAGACAAGGCUUUGAAAUAUCUCGGGUUGGUUGAUGACCUUCAUGAUACUACUUCUUCAACCUCUUUAGAAUCAUCAUCUCCUCCUCCACCUCAACCAUUGCAGCAAGAGGGAAUCAAAGUGAAUUUGAUCAUGACAGACUAUUGCAUGCCUGGGAUGAGUGGCUAUGAUUUACUCAAACGAGUCAAGGGAUCUUCUUGGAAAGAUGUUCCCGUCGUGAUUAUGUCAUCAGAAAAUGUACCUUCCAGAAUCAGCAUGUGCUUGGAAGGAGGGGCAGAAGAGUUUCUGCUGAAGCCUCUUCAGUUAUCAGAUUUGGACAAGCUUCAGUCAUACUUUCUGAAAUCCCUUGAAAACUCUUGUGAAAAAGAAUCUGCUAACAGUUGCAUAGAUUCGGAGAAUGAGAAUGUCAUCAUUAACAUUAGUAACCAUAACAGUAACAGUAUUAGCAAAAGGAAGGCCAUAUCUCCGGACUCUCAUCAGGAGAGAUCAAGACCCAAAAUGAAGGAGUUGGCUGUGGUGUAAGAAAACAACACUACAGAGAGUGUUUGGUGCAUACCUGUUAUAUAGUUUAUGACUAUGAUUAUAAUUAUGGCUAUCUCCUCAAAUCUAAGAGCUUAAUGAAUUCCCAGUGAGUGUUAAUGUCAUUAUUCACAAUUAAUUAUCAUUUACCUCUUUUUCAAAUCAUUUUAAUUAUUAUUUCA